GGCGUGGCCGAAACGGGGGCCUGUCCCGGGCGGGGGCGUGGCGUUGGGGCAUCUGGGCGGAAAUGCGCGGGUUAGGGUUAGCGGGAUUCGCCGGGCAGCGAGGGUCGCGGUGUUAGCCGACCGGCCGUCGUGUGCGCCUGGCGGACCUGGGAAGCGCAGGGCCUGGCGCCGGACGCGGCCUCGCGCCCUCGGGAGACUGAGCCUUGGCGACCCCGCAGGGUCCUCCCCGGUGCGGCGGAUGAAUUCUCCGGCCUUCCUGGGCGCCUUGUGCCUGGCGCUGAGCUGUUUGGGCGGCGCGCAUGGGCUCUGGAGGAGUGAUGACCUCGAGUGGAGCAAACUAAUCAUGGUUCACCACUGGCCUGCGACCGUGUGCCAGACCAGCCAUACAGAGGAGCGCCUCCCACGUCAGAAGGGGUCUAAGCAGGAGGGCUUGCGGGAAGUUGCGAGCCAUUGCAAAGACCCUCCGAAUUACUGGACGAUACACGGAUUAUGGCCCGAUAAAAGUGAAGCAUGUAACCGAUCCUGGCCCUUUAAUCCAAAGGAGAUCCAGGACCUUUUGCCAGACAUGAAGAUGUACUGGCCCGAUCUGCUCCAUCCGUCCAACUGCAGCCUCCGGUUCUGGAGCCACGAGUGGAAGAAGCACGGGACCUGUGCUGCUCAGCUGGAUGCCCUCAAUUCCCAGAGGAAGUACUUUGGCAAGAGUCUGGAUCUGUAUAAGGCACUGGCCCUGACCAGCAUGCUCCAAAAAUUGGGGAUAGAACCAUCUACCGAUCACUACUACCAGGUGUCGGACAUCAGAGAUGCGCUUGUCACCGUGUACAAAGUUGUGCCCAAAGUCCAGUGUUUUCUGCUAGAGAAGGGCCAGGAGGUGCAGCUCCUCGGGCAGGUGGAGCUGUGCUUCUCCAAGGACCUGCAGCUGCAGAACUGCUCGCAUGCUGCGGAGCCGGCGGCCCGCAGGCAGGAAGCCUGGCCGAACCUGGGCCUGCAUGUCUGCAAUGACGGCCCGGUCCUAUACCCUCCGCUCAACGAGACCAAACUCUGAUGCUGCAGUUUGUAAAUCUCCACUUUGAAAAGCAAGAGAAACUGACAGACGACUUCUUUUUAAAAAGCAACUCACAACCGCCUUCA